CGCGUUUGCGACGGAGGGGGGGAGACGACGACGCUACAGAGUGACAUGACGUCACAUCGCGCCCCGCUGCAAUGGAUGUCGCCGAGCUGCUGAAGUUCCAGCCCGACAAGGGGCCUAAGCGCGUUCUCGACGAGGAGGAUGACAGCGAGGAGGAGCUGCCGCACCCCCCACGCAAGCACGGGCCCGGCAGGGGCCGUGCGGAGCCCCCCACCGACCAGCAGCAGCAGGUGGAAAUGAUGAGCAAAGAUGACGAGGGCCAGUCAUUGGAUGAUAACGGCGUGAAGAGGAUGGUAUUGAACUUCGAGAAGACGACACUGAAGAAUCAGGAGCUCAGAAUAAAAUUCCCCGACAACCCAGAGAAGUUCAUGGAGUCCGAGUUGGACCUGAACGACGUCAUCCAGGAGAUGCACGUGAUCGCCACGAUGCCAGAGCUCUACCCUCUGCUCGUCGACCUCAACUCGGUGACGUCGCUCCUGGGCCUUCUCAGCCACGACAACACCGAUAUCGCCAUCGAGGUGGUAGACCUCCUGCAGGAGCUCACGGACGUGGACACGCUGCAUGAGAGCCAGGAGGGCGCGCGGACGCUGACCGAUGCGCUCCUCAACGAGCAGGUGGUGGCGCUGCUGGUGCAGAACCUGGAGCGACUCGACGAGGCGACCAAGGAGGAGGCAGUCGGCGUUCACAACACGCUCGCGAUCAUCGAGAACCUGACGGAGUUCCGGCCAGAGAUGAGCACGGAGGCCGCGCGGCAGGGCCUCAUGCAGUGGCUGCUCAAGCGGAUACGGGCCAAGAUGCCCUUUGACGCGAACAAGCUGUACUGCAGCGAAAUCCUCUCAAUCCUCCUGCAGAACAAUGACGCUAACAGAGAACUCCUGGGAGAGAUGGAAGGAAUCGACGUGCUUCUACAGCAGCUCUCGGUGUUCAAGCGUCACGACCCGGCGAGUGGGGAGGAGGGGGAGAUGAUGGAGAACCUCUUUGACUGCCUCUGCUCGUGCCUCAUGCUGGCGUCGAACCGCGAGCGCUUCCUGCGCGGGGAGGGCCUGCAGCUCAUGAACCUCAUGCUGCGGGAGAAGAAGCGCUCCCGCAACAGCGCCCUCAAGGUGCUGGACCACGCCAUGGUGGGGCCGGACGGCGCCGACAACUGCCACAAGUUUGUGGACAUCCUGGGCCUGCGCAGCAUCUUCCCCCUCUUCAUGAAGACGCCCGGCAGGGCCAAGAAGGCCGGCAUGUCCGAGAAGGAGCACGAGGAGCACGUGUGUUCCAUCAUCUCCUCCAUGCUGAGGAACCUCAAGGGGCAGCAGCGCACACGGCUCAUCAACAAGUUUGUGGAGACCGACUGUGAGAAGGUGGACCGGCUGAUGGAGCUGCACUUCAAGUACCUGGAGACAGUUUCCGCUGCCGACAAGAAGAUCGAAGGAGAGAAGCACGAGAUGGUGCGGAGGGGUGAGAUUAUCGACGACGAGGCGCAGGACGACUUCUACCUGCGCCGGCUAGACGCCGGGCUUUUCGUGCUGCAGCUGGUGGACUACGUCAUGCUGGAGAUCUCCACGUCCGGCGUGGCGCAGAUCCGGCAGCGAGUCAACCAGAUCUUGAACCUGCGCGGUGGCUCCAUGAAGGUGGUGCGUCACAUCAUCCGAGAGUACACAGAGAGCCUGGGUGAUGCCAAGAGCGAAGACUUCCGGCAGGCCGAGCAAAAGAGGAUCAUGGAUCUGCUGGAUGAAUUCUGAGUCGCCAAACCUACCGCCGCCCCCUUCACCGUCAUCACCGCACGCCGUGUCGAUAGUUAGCGCAAGCACCCGCUGUGUCUAUACACCAUGAAACAUUGGAGAUGUUUUAGGGUAAUCGUUGCCCCAAAACAUCAUCAACAGAUUUGGCAACUGUAUGGCGACUUGCAAUGGUGUAGAAGUGGCGGUGGAGAGUUCUCUAGCCAAUGAAAACACAC